UGCAUGAGCUGCGUUAUGUGAUCUGCGGACGGCGCCAGCAGAGGCCGGUAGCGGCAUUCAUCACACCGUGAGUCCGUGACGCAAGCGAGCCCGUGUGUGACAAGCGUGCACGCGCUGCACACAGGUGCUGUGGCCUUGUGUAUGUUUUAAUAGUCGCGUAGUUUCAGCGUACCGCCUGUGUUACGCCGCCGUUUGUCACCUAUGCGCAUACAUUGGCUCGACGCGGCGCUAGCCAGAGCGCCACGAAUACCGCCCGCAUCUCUUGUGAAAGCCAUGGAUGCAGUGCUUCCUCGGUGGUGACACCAGUUCGGAACCAUGGACGAUCCGCUUGUAACCCGCAUCAGCCCUCGGGCCAAGGUGCUUUCUGCUCUCUUCUACGGCAUCGUCUCGUUUCUCAUCAUUAUUAUCAACAAAAUCGUGCUCACUACCUACGGGUUUCCUUCGCCGCAUUUCUUGGGGGUCGGACAGAUGCUUAUCACCAUUACCCUGAUAUGGGCAUUAAGGCAAGCAGGGUUUAUAGAUUUCCCAAAAAUAUCACUGGCCACGUGUGCCAAGAUACUGCCGCUUCCCUUAUUCUUUGGAGCCAAUCUAGUGUGCGGCUUAGGAGGCACACAAAAAAUUAGCUUGCCAAUGUUCACGGCAUUACGUAGAUUCUCCAUUCUCAUGACUAUGAUCGGGGAAUACUUAGUGCUGAGGAAAAGGCCUCAGACAGGCGUCGUGAUCUCUGUGUUUGCCAUGGUGGGAGGUGCAAUGAUUGCUGCAUGCAAAGACCUCUCCUUCGAUGUUGGCGGCUACACACUAGUCCUGCUCAAUGAUUUCUUCACUGCGGCCAACAUCAUAUGCGUUCGCAAGGUUGUCGACGCCAAGGACCUGACCAAUUACGAGCUGCUCUUCUACAAUGCCUUGCUCAUGGUGGCGCCCCUGGCUUUUCUGUCCUGGGCCGUUGGUGACUUGACAAUGGCGUUGGAGUUCCCACGAUGGCUGGAGCCUGGCUUUCUCGGUGCCUUUCUCUGCUCCUGUCUCAUGGGCUUCAUGAUCAUGUACGCCACGGUGUUAUGUACGGCGUACAACUCUGCCCUCACCACCACCAUCAUCGGCUGCCUAAAGAACAUAAUGACCACAUAUGUUGGAAUGUACGUUGGUGGUGACUACAUCUUCAACCUUUCCAACUUUGUGGGCCUCAACAUUAGCGUUGCGGGAAGCCUGCUGUAUUCCUAUCUCACCUUCAUUCAGAAGCAGGGCAACCAGCAGAUGCCAACGACACAGUCAAAAUGAUGCCCUUGGUAUCAAGUUGAAGAACAAGAGAAGAAGUUCUGAUGCACAUGCUGCAGUGUCUGGAACCAGUUAUUAUUUUUCUAGAUCAAACGGCCUCUUUUUUAGUCUGUGAUGUCGUGCUGAGGGCUGUUGCAGGCUUGCAUUUUUUUUAAUGUGUUAGUUUAGAUUUGUGCUCACACUUGCUAUGUUUGGGUGCCUGGAGACACCCAUGUAUUUUUUGCAUUUUAUGUACAUUCUUUACAUAUAACCGAUGGCUGAAGAACCUUGUUUCGCAGUCUGCCCUUUUGCAUGUCUGCGUUGUUAUUGACAAAAGUAAAAAAUGUUGAAAUGAA